UCCCUCCCUCCCUCAGCGAUGGAAGUGUGACCUGGAGAGCAAGGCCCCUGCCAGCAGCUGCGCCGUGCUGGACAUGCGGCAAGGGCCAGGCAGCCUGUCCCCUCCCAAAGAGGACGAAGAUCUCAACAACGUUUUGGAACUUAUUCUCUCCAUGGGCAACGACAACUUCAGCCAGAACUCACCCCCUGGGGACUACCCCUUGGCACAGACGGAGCCCAGUAACUUCUACCAGACAAACCCGCCUUCUGGAUGCUACAGUUCCCUGGAGGAAGGCAGCCCGCCUCCUUACAACCCCAGCCUCGUGCCAGAGAUGAUCAGGUCAGACAUGGACUCAAACUUCUGCCCCCCUCACAACAUCCAUGGGCGGUUUUUCAUGGCACCCAGCUUCGGGAGCCCCCAGUUCGUGGAGAACAUUAAGCCAGAACCUGACAUGGACAAUUAUGGGCCCAUCUUGGGCCUUGUACCCCAGACCUGCCCAAAGAUCAAGCAAGAAGGCAACGCAACCUGCAUGAUGGCCUAUGAGCAGGCAAGGAUGGCCAGCUCGCCCCAGAUCCCAGGGGCAGAAACACCCCCCCUGAGCCCCACCGACCUCAUGGUAACUGACUGCCAAGCUCAAAGGAUCUGCCAUUCCUCAAUGCCAUUCCAGCAAACCUAUCACCCCACCACAGGCUUCCAUCCUCACCACAGCCACCUCCAGUACCAGAGCACCUCCCAGUUUGGUUUGUUUGAGGACACGGUGCCUUUGCAACCCUCAGCCCCAAGAGGUAUGCUCACCCCUCCUUCCUCUCCCCUGGAGCUGUUGGACUCCAAGCCAAAAAGAGGGCGCCGGUCCUGGCCCAGGAAGCGGACAGCCACGCACACGUGCACCUAUGCUGGCUGUGGGAAAACCUACACCAAGAGUUCUCACCUGAAGGCCCAUCUCCGAACACACACAGGUGAGAAGCCCUAUCACUGUAACUGGGACGGCUGCGGAUGGAAGUUUGCUCGCUCUGAUGAGCUGACCCGUCACUACCGCAAGCACACAGGCCACCGUCCCUUCCAGUGCCACCUCUGCGACAGGGCUUUCUCCAGGUCAGACCAUCUGGCUCUGCACAUGAAAAGGCAUAUGUAGCCAUAGGGCCUCUGAACUGCAUAGCAGAGGAUGGACAUUAUUUAACUGCUCAGGUGCAGGAUCAUUAAAAGGAGCAGUAGCUGGUACUACUUAGGGAGGCAACAAAGCUCUAGCAAUGGAUGCUAAAGUUUAACUUGACUCAAGGAGGUUUAGCCUGGCAUCUCCUAAAGAGAUUUAAAGGAACUUUAUCAGUGUGACUGUCUGUCCCGUGCAGGGGGAAAUGUGGCUUAUUUAUAGGGCUUCUGUGAAGGGUGAACUGGACAAAACUCCAUACAGAUGGUAUAGAUAAAGCUGUAAAUACUGUAUCUUUGAUUGUAAUUGCUCAAUCCAUAAGCUUUAGGACAAUGUUUGUAUGGAAACUGCCUGAAGUUGACCCUAGAUGGAAUUAAAUGAAUGUUACUGUAUCUGUUUGUUAGAUCUCAGCUGAGAGCAUGGCUAAGAAAAACACUCCUCUUGUUAGAUUAUUUCUUUCACAGGUGCAAUAAUAUUCUUGUCUGCCAUGAUCUACACUAGAAGUACAGGGCUUGAUGUCUUGUAAGAAAAUAACCUAUUUUUACUAUUUUUUUUUAUAUAAUGUAAAUAAUUUUAUACAAGGAGAAAUAUUGUAAUGUAUUAUGUACAUAGAAGACAAAUGGGUAUUUUGCCUAUUUCGGUUUUUAUAAAAGUAGUAAUUUUAAAAUGUUCA